UGAUAGUGUUUGAGAGUCAGUCAAGAUGAAUCAAGCCCUUAUUAUCACUCGCAACUUGAGCAGUGCAACAGCAGCUGUGACUAAAAUUCAUCGCUCAACAUAUGCUCGCGUGUACAAAGCUGUGAUAGUCAAGCCAGAUGGUUCCACAAUUAGGACACGUUGUUAUCCUGAGCCAAGGCUCAUCAUUAAGCUCCCACUUGACCUGAAUGAACUAAGCGAUAAAGAUAAGCAGAUUAGAUUAGCACUUAGAAAACCAAGACAACAGGUAAAAGUUCAGGAAGACAUAGAACAUGAUUUCGAUGCAAAGAAAUACUUACAAUUUGUUAAGAAGGUAAAAAAGUGAGUUAGAUGUAAGUUGUUGUUUUAAAAGAAUUUUUUAGUUCUGUUCAUUAUUAAUAUAAAUAGUUUGGUUUUUUUUUUUUUACCCAGGAAAUAAAAAUGUUUAUAACUUUGAAGAUUCAAUAA